CACUGGGACAAUAGUAGGUGGUGCACACUUCCUUCGCCCGGCCACAGAAGACAAAAAAGAGUUGCUGGUGUAACAAUAUGAAGAAUAUAUUCCACUCCUCUCUUGUACACGCGGCUUAUGAGAUGAACACUCGUCAAGAAGAACGUCGCCUUCAGCAGCAGGAGGAUCCACAGCCCCCCCACAUUAAAGAGGAAGAGGAGGAAGUGUGGAUCAGUCAGGAGGGAGAGUGUCCUGUAGGGCAGGAGGAGGCUGAUGUCAGCAAGUUUCCACUGACUGUUGUCUCUGUGAAGACUGAAGAGCAUGAAGACAAACCACCUGAGUCCUCACAGCUUCAUCACAGUCCAAACGUCUGUGGAGAACAACGUCUGCCUGAAAAAAAGGAGAGUAGCUUCAGGAUGGUGAAGGAGGAUCCUUCAAAGAGGAAGACCAGGCGCCACGGACCCUCUGGCGUCUCCUUUUCCUCUUUGACACAGACCCUUCCCUGUAAAAAGGAAGAGGAAGACUCACUGACGCCCCACAUUAAAGAGGAAGAGGAGGAACACAGCAUCACUCAAGAGGGAGAUCAUCUUGAAGGACUGGAGGAGUUCCCAGUGACUGGUGUCCCUGUGAAGAGUGACGAUGAUGAGGUGAAAGGUGAAAGUGAGGAGAGGGGAGGGGGGGAGCCUCCAAGCAGCAGCUCAACACAACACAUGACAACAGAAGCUGAUGGAGACCACUGUGGAGGAUCACAAGCAGACAAGCUCUUAGCUCCACUAUCAGAUAGUGAGGACACAACGUCACACUCUCCUGACACUGAUGAUGAAGACUCUAAAGAUGAUAAGACAUGUCACACUGACAACACUCACUUCACAUCUUCUCACUCUCACAAAACCUUUAAAUACCAUAGUCGUCUGAAAAGACACAUGAGAACACACACUGGAGAAAAACCUUUUAUCUGUUCAGUCUGUGGUAAACGUUUUGUUCGAAGUCAUAAUGUGAAAGUACACAUGAGAACACACACUGGAGAAAAAACGUUUUCUUGUUCAAUCUGUGGUAAAGGUUUUAUACAAAGUCAAUAUUUGAAAGUGCACAUGAGAACGCACACUGGAGAAAAACCUUUUCCCUGUUCAACCUGUGGUAAAGGUUUUACACAAAAUCAAUAUUUGAAAGUACACAUGAGAACACACACUGGCGAAAAACCUUUUUCCUGUUCAAUCUGUAGUAAAGGUUUUGUACAAAGUAACAGUUUGAAAGUACACACUAGAACACACACUGGUGAAAAAUCACAUUCUUGUUCAAUCUGCAACAGAAGCUUUUGUGACCGAUCAAACCUUUUAGCACACAUGAGAAGACACCCAGGAGAGAAAGUGUUGAGUUGCAGUGUGUGUGGUGAAAGAUUGUCUUCUAAGUACCAGUGUAAGAAACACAAGUGUGCUGGUGAGAACAACAGCAGCAAAUGAAACUGCAGGAUUUGAAAUAAACUGUCAAGACUUUCAUUUUGACUUUCUAACAACUUUAUGAUUCAUUUGUUGGGUCUCUAUAAUCUAUUUUAUUCAUUAUCGUUAUUACUCUGUAUUAUAAUGAUUGUGUUGUGAUUGUUUUAUAUGUAUGUCCCCAGACCUUUAUGCAAUAUACAAGUGAGAGAAAAUAGCAGAUUUUUUUUUUGUUUUUGUGAAAGGAUUUUGUUUUUACAAACUUACAUUUCUGGAUACAUCAAAUAAAUCCAGUAUUGUGUUCUAAACAUUUUUUAUGUAUUUUUUUCUUUUUUCAACAUCCCCAAAACAACAUCAAUAUCAGUCAAAGUUUGGAGUGUCAGACAAAAGCCAAUAUUGUACAUCAUCCCACAGAGAUUUACUUUGCAUACAUUCUUAAAAUAAACUGUUUAUUGUGUUUCCCAAUCACAGAACCAAC